AUGUCCCACAUCCUCAUUGACGAUCAAGACCUUUCUCGCGUGACGUACAACGGGACAUGGAUACGCGGAGGGAGCGCUUUAGAGCACGAGAGUACGGUGGCAAGCUCUACGGUGGUAGGUGACUCUUUCACGGUUGAUUUUAAUGGAACUUCGAUUGUUGUGUAUGGGACUAUCGACGUGACUUCGGAAGGUGUUAUAACCAGCUACGCGGUCGAUAGCGCUCUUCCCGCUCAGAUUACUUCCCAAGGUGGACCUGGAGAUACCUUUAAUCAACAGUUCUGGAAGUCGCCCACUCUUUCCGUCGGAGAACACACCCUGAAGGUCCAAAUGCUCAAAGUAAAUCCUGACCCCACUCCAGGAGAGGGGACAAUUUGGUUCGAUUAUUUCCUUGCGACAGACCCUACCAUACGUUCAACCACAACCACAAACCCUACUGCUGUCGAACCAUUCAUUAUCGGGACUACAGAGGACGACUCUGAGGCUAGGACUCCAUCCAGGACAUUACAUUCCCACUCCGAACUUAUUUCGCUAACACGCUCGAAAACAUUCCACGAGCGACCUCAACCACAGUCCAGUGCAACCGGAAGCUCUUCUACAACGUCUAAUGUAGCCACUCCUGAGGCCCUGAACGACACCAUAGUUGCAGGAAAACGACAAGCUACAACCACCUGUUGGCAGCCAGUGUCCACUGGCAACGCUAAUCCUCUGGUGACAGGAGCUCCAGAAAACCCAGAGCCGGUGCAACACGUGGACAGUGGUGUAAGGACCAUCAGUUCCCAGGUAAUCGACUCUCCUGCUCGCCCUGUGGCUGUCGAGCUUCCUCCCGUGUAUAGUCCCGUUUAA